AUGGUAAUGGCCGAGCCCCGGCGGCCCCCCCCGCUGCUGCCCCGCGGGCUCGGGCCCGUCCGCGUCGGUUUCUACGACAUCGAGGGCACGCUGGGCAAAGGCAACUUCGCCGUGGUCAAGCUGGCGCGGCACCGCAUCACGCGGAGCGAGGUGGCAAUAAAAAUCAUUGACAAAUCUCAGCUGGAUGCUGUGAAUCUGGAGAAGAUCUACCGGGAGGUGCAGAUAAUGAAGAUGUUGGAUCACCCACACAUCAUAAAGCUCUACCAGGUGAUGGAGACCAAAAGCAUGCUGUACCUUGUGACAGAAUUUGCUAAAAAUGGAGAAAUUUUUGAUUACCUGGCCAGCCACGGCCGCCUGAGCGAGGCUGAGGCCAGGCGCAAGUUCUGGCAGAUCCUGGCGGCAGUGGAGUAUUGCCAUGGCAGGAAGAUUGUGCACCGGGACCUGAAGGCUGAAAACCUUCUGCUUGACAGCAACAUGAACAUCAAAAUAGCAGAUUUUGGAUUUGGAAAUUUCUAUAAGAGUGGUGAGCCUCUGACAACCUGGUGUGGGAGUCCCCCAUAUGCAGCCCCAGAAGUCUUUGAAGGACAUCAGUAUGAGGGCCCCCAGCUGGAUAUCUGGAGCAUGGGUGUAGUGCUUUAUGUUUUGGUUUGUGGAGCAUUGCCUUUUGAUGGACCAACACUGCCCAUCCUGAGACAAAGAGUUCUUGAAGGAAGGUUCAGGAUCCCUUAUUUUAUGUCAGAAGAGUGUGAACACCUGAUUAGAAGAAUGCUGGUCCUAGACCCAUCCAAGAGGUUAACCAUUGCUCAGAUUAAGGAGCACAAGUGGAUGCUUGUAGAAGUUCCUGCACAGAGACCUAUUCUUUACCCACCAGGAGAGGAGAAUGAGCCUUCCAUUGGAGAGUACAAUGAGCAGGUCUUAAGGCUGAUGCACAGCCUUGGAAUAGACCAACAGAAAACCAUUGAGUCUCUGCAGAACAAGAGUUAUAACCACUUUGCUGCUAUCUAUUACUUGUUAGUGGAAAGACUCAAAUCCCACCGGAGUAGCUUCCCCGUGGAACAGAGACUUGAUGCUCGUCAGCGUCGGCCAAGCACCAUUGCUGAGCAGACAGUAGCCAAGGCACAAGCUGUGGUCCCCUCAGUUAACUUGCAUUCACCAAACACAAGAUUGUUGCAAUCUCCAGGCCUUUCCUCAGCUUCAGGAGCAGAAGCCUUUUCAUUCCCUCCAUCCAGCUGCCAGGGAGAGACAGCAUUUAUGGAGGAAGAAAGAGUGGAGACACCAAAGGUGAAUGGCUGUCUGCUAGACCCUGUGCCCCCCGUGAUGAUUAGGAAGGGAUGCAAAUCCCUCCCUACCACCAUGAUGGAAACUUCUAUUGAUGAAGGGAUAGAGGCAGAAGGAGAAUCCGAGGAGGACCCUGCACAGGCGUUUGCAGCCCUCCAAGCUGCUCGCUGUGGGAAGCGACGUCACACCCUGGCAGAAGUUACCAACCAGCUGGUGAUGAUGCCAGGCACAGGCAAAGUCUAUUCACUGGAUGAAAACUCAUCGCUGGGCAGCAUUGAUUCAGAGUAUGAGAUGGGAUCCAUUCAGAGAGAUCUGAAAUUCCUGGAGGACACUCCUUCCUUGAAGGAAAUGGUGCUAAGCAACCACCAAGCAUCCAGAAUGACAACACCUUUCAUAGGUCUGAGGCCUGCCAACCCAGCCAUGCAGGCACUUGCCUCCCAAAAGCGAGAGACCCACAACCGCUCUCCUGUCAGCUUCCGAGAGGGGCGCAGAGCUUCGGACACUUCCCUCACACAAGGAAUUGUAGCAUUUAGACAGCACCUCCAGAACCUGGCGCGAACCAAAGGAAUCCUGGAGCUGAACAAAGUCCAGCUGCUGUAUGAACAGAUGGGAUCAGAAGAGGAACCUUCUUUGACAUCAACUGCUACCCAGUUGCAGGACAUCAUUAAUAGUCCUCCACAGGAGGAAGCAUCUCAGCAGCAGCAGGAAGCUGCAUCUGCAUUCUCUAACAGCGCACAUCCUCCACUGGUAUCCAGACAGCAGAGCUUGGAAACACAAUACCUACAACACAGGCUGCAGAAAUCCCCCCUGCUCCCCAAAGCCCAGAACACUUGCCAGCUGUACUGCAAAGAGCUGCCCCGCAGCCUGGAACAGCAGCUCCAGGAGCACAGGCUGCAUCAAAAACGACUCUUCCUUCAGAAGCAGUCCCAGCUGCAGGCCUAUUUUAACCAGAUGCAAAUAGCUGAGAGCUCCUACCCAAGGUCGAGUCAACUGCCACUUGCGUGCCAGGAGGAGCAACAACAGCAACAGCAGCAGCAAUCACCCCAGUUCAGCUUGCAGCAGCCUCUGAGCCCUGUGCUGGAGCCUUCCUCAGAACAAAUGCAGUAUGACCCUUUCCUCAGCCAGUACCAGAAGGUGCAGCUGGAUCCACUGCCACCUUCCCCCAUCGCCAGCUCCUCGCGCCUCUCGGCACCGGUCCAGGUGCAGCAGCCACCACAGUCCUACCCCUAUCAGACUUGUGAAUUGCCUGUUGUCACUUCUCCUGAGCCAGACUACCCAGAGCAGUGCCAGUAUUCCAUGGACCCAGCACAACAGAGCAGUGUAGCAUUGCCUGACAGCCAGAGCAGCUCAGCAGCUCCCGAGGCCCAGUCGAACUAUGAUGCAUUAACCCUCUCAGAACUGCCUGGACUCUUUGAUUGUGAAAUGAUGGAGACUGUAGAUCCCCAGCACAGUGGCUAUGUCCUGGUGAAUUAAUGCCAUGGGCUGACUGACAGAGGAGAGGAAGAGAGGACAAGUGGAGGAGGAGCAUGUGAAUUUUAACUCCUUUUGGUUUCGUUCCUACCCCGAAGCUCAUGGUAAUUUUUCAACCCUUUUGAAUUAAGAGGGGAACUAAAACAACAAAAAGAAGUCCACCUUACUGGAAAAGAAAAGCAGGAGGUGGUGAGAACUGUUUGGCUGCUGGCUCCUUUUGCUGGUAGCAGGAGCUAGGGAGCUGGUAGUGCAGUUUCAUCCCACAAAGAACUGGUGUGCAUAGGAGGCAAGAAAAAGUGAGGUUUAGAGGAAGGAAAUAAAACUCCUGCUGAGAAAAAAAAGCAAAAAGGGAAGAGGGAGGGAGUUGGUCAGCAUUCAGCUAACAUUCACAUGGAGAAAUGAGACCAAGUGCAUGCUGUGGUGUGCUGCUUGGCCCAAAAAAAAAUAAGCAAUAGUUUGCAUUCAAAUUCAGGGUAGAGUUGAGUCUGUGCUGAUGGCAACUCUGGAGACAGCAGAAGGGAGGUGGAUAGAAAGGAAAGUUGCACUUUGGCAUCUGGGUGCUGGCUAAGGUACUGAUCUGGAACUGCUCCACAGCAAUCUCUGGGGUCAGCAGGGCUUCUAGACAGCCUCCACUGCAAGUAAACAGUAUUCCCCCCCAGCCUGCCUAGGAAGUCUUGGUUGUUCACAAAGAGAUGGUUCUGCAUCUCUGCUAAGUGACAUCUUGACUUUGUCAAAAGCUACCUGGAACUGUCACAGGGCACCAGAAUGGGUUACAGAGAGCUUUGGGUGGGGAUCAGAAUGCUAAAGGAUAAAGGCUUGGCUAACAGAGAGAGAGAAGACUUAGACUAGACAUUGAGGAGAAGUUUUUCAUCCCUGGAAGUGUUUAAGGCCAGGUUGGAUGAGGCCUUGAGCAACCUGUUCUAAUGGGAGGUGUCCCUGCCCAUGGCAAGGGGUUGGGACUGGAUGGGUUUUAAGAUCCCUUCCAGCUCAACCCAUUCUAUGAAUCUCUGCUAAGUGGUACUUUGACUCUGUCAAAAAGAUGCCUGGAACUGUCACAGGGCACCACAGUGGUUUGUAAACACCUCCAGGUGGGGAUGAGAAUACAAAGGGAUGAAGGAUUAUCUAACAGAGAGAAAAGAAGAACCGUGGGACAGAUCAAGAGCUGAAGCCAAUGGGAUCUAAAUACCCAAUAAAACCCCACCUGGGGCAGGGGGGGGGCUUUUGAAACCAACCCCAGGCCCUUGAGGAGGGCUGUGGCUUGGAGCAGUUGUGCCAAUUGGGAAGGAUCCACCUGUUCUUCUGUUGCAUUUUGACAAACAAGCAAAGAACCAAACCUUUUUGGAUUUGCAGUCUUGUGUUGCUGGUGGUUGCUUGAGCUUGGUGUAUUUGAACAGUGAGUUAGGCUCUUAGAAUUCAAGGGUUAAAAGAAGAAACAAAAGAAUCAAUGAGCACCAAUCCCCUGUGAAGUGAUAGUGCUGUGCCUUUUUGAGUUCUUUAUCAGCCUCUAUGCUCUUCUCUUUUUAACCCCUGAAGAAAGUAGAUUAAAAGACCCCCAUUUCUAUCCUUGCUGCAGCCAAAGUCCCUUCCAGGCACACGUUCCACCGUGUGGAGCGUGGCAGUUCACUUUCUUUCCUGUAUAUAGAAGCUAAGAAGUAUGACAGCAAUAUUAGAGCAUCACAACCUGAUGUAUUCAAGCAUUUCAAGAAAGACUUAAAACCUCACCAAGCCAAUUGUCUCCAGAGCUUUUCAGCUGAGUCAUAGGAGAACCUGCAGUGAGUUUAGCUCUCUGCUUUUGCUGGGGAGGGGAUUGAAGUAUUGGAGGGAUGGAAGCUAAAGAGGACACAGCACUCUCCUGAGCAAACAUUUUAAGCACAAUUGCAGACUCAAAGCACAAAAGAAGGGCAGAGAAACUGUACUGAUCACAUGUCAAAAGACCCCACCACUGCUGGAAGGUUGAGGGUGGAGAAGGGGUGGGUAAGCAGCCAGCAUCUACAGCAAUAAGCCCACGUUUGAAUGUGGUAGGGCUUCAGCCACUGCAUUGGAGGCUGUGAAGGAGGGAAAGGUUUAACACCCAACAGAAGGCUUCUUGCUUCCUGCAUGCUACAGUGAGAGAGGCAGCUCCAGUUGCUGUGCAGCCUGUUUUGAUAAUGGUCCAGCUCUGUGUAGCUGGGACUCGAUCUGUAAGUGCUCAGCUUCUACCUCUGAUAUCACAGAAAUGCCACAGAUAUCACAGCAGCAAAGGAGAGUCUAAGGAAGAGGAAUCACAUCCAUCCACUACUUAUGGGAUACAAGAUAAAGUGGGGUAGCUGGCUCUGCUGCAAAAUAGCUGAGAGAGAGAGAAAAGAGGGUCCUUGGGUGGAUCCUGUUCAAAAGGAACCUCAUCUGACACAGGAAAUAGCUCUGGAACACACAGACAUUGGAGAUGAGGAAAUAUUGCUUCACUGAAAGGGGUCUCAAACAUGGGAAUGCUCUGCCCAGGGCAGUGGUGGACUCACCAUCCCUGGAGGUGUGCAGGCAGCCUGUGGACCUGGUGAUUAGGGACAUGGCUUAGUGGUGGCCUUGCAGUGCUGGGUUGAAGGUUGGACUGGAUGCUCCUGAAGGUUUCUUCCAACCAAAGACAUUUAAUGAAACCCCUGUGGCACCUGAAGUGGCUCGUGGAGAAGGGAAGGAGCUUGGCAGACACUGCAGCAUGACAGAGCAGGCAGCUCACUGCUGGAAAAGAAAAGAAGAAGAAAAGAGGCACUGAAGAACCAAACUCCUUCAUUCCUUUGCCCCUACCCCACAGCAUAAUAAACACUUAGUGGAAUUCUACUCUCUGACCAAACACUCAAGGAACUCUCUAGUGAAAACUCACAGGACCCCCAAGAGCUGUGGAGACAAACUCAGUUUUGCUCCAGGAGCUGGGUUACUGCCAGAACCUUCACCCCUUCCUUCCCCAUCCAGCUCCAGGACACUUUACCAUUUCAGGACUCCAAAACCAUUCUGCUCUGGAGUGCUGUGAUCCAUUUUCAUCAGAAUGUGCCAACCAGCCUAAGCUCCUCUGAGCUUUGCAGUAGUGAGGAAGGGGAAAAGCUACAGUGAUUCCUCCCCCCCCCUUUUUAAAUGUAGCUUAGACUGAACUCCUUCCCUCAACCCAAAGCACAUCUCACAUUUCCAACCAGUUCCUUGAAGCCAACGAGAUGAAAAGGCUGCUGGUGCCCUGCUGAUACAGCAGAGCAUCCAUUGGGCACCACUUUGUCCUACCUUCAAGUGGCUUUGUUCUGUCUAACAUUAGAGACCUGUGUACACUACUGGUAGGGGUAGUUGUUAAGCUUUUUAUCUUGUCUUACAGCCUCCUUUUGAAGAGACUUUGGUGUGAUGUAGAUGGGGUUUGAGAAACAAACUGUCCUCUGGAGAAAAGUGCAAUAUGUGUGUGUGUGUGGUACGGUCUGUAAUGUAUUUUUUUAAAGGACUUAGAGGUUUUAGUCUCUGCUUUGGGAGAAAUGCACUAGUUUUGUCAGCUCCAGUUUGGCAAGUUCAUCUGCAGCAUCCCCAUGCAACCAACCUGCUGGGCUCUGUAAAGCAAUUACAGUGUAUGGCCACAAAAUAAAA